AUGGAUGCCUCCAUUGGUAAGGCGUGCUUUGAUCAAGCCAAGGCCUUCAAGGACACGGUCGACGUCGGUGCCGUCAUCGUCACCAAACUCGACGGUCACGCCAAGGGCGGUGGUGCACUAUCGGCCAUUGCUGCCACCCGCAGUCCCGUCAUCUUCAUUGGGACUGGUGAACGCAUUGAAGACCUCGAGCCCUUUGCCCCGCGCUCCUUUGUCAGCAAGCUGCUCGGUCUCGGUGACGUUCAAGGCCUGAUUGAGCGUGUCAGUGAGUUGGGCAUUGAGGAGGAUCCCGAGUUGAUGAAACGCAUCAAGCAUGGCAAGUUUACUCUGCGUGACAU